GACCUGCAACGAGGCGUCCGCGCAGUCCCCACCGCGUCAUACAGACUGGGCUGGCUGCUGCAGAGACAACUUGCAUAGUCUUUAUUUAUAGCGGCUAAAGAUACCAGCGUCAUCGCCUGCUCCCAACUGUCAUCGCGUCGCAGCCAACCUAUAUAAACCCCCUCCAUCUCCUACCAUUCCCCCUCCCUAAUCCACUCUCCAGACACCCGCAACCAACCUGUAUAAACCCCCUUGCUACAGUCUUUCACCCUCCCUCAUCCACCAUGGUCCUCUCAAAGCACAUCAACCCCGACAGGCUCAUGCAGGGAGCCCAGGACAAGCACUUUAAGCACCACAACCUCACCGGCACAGACCCCAACUCCAUCAACCAUGCCUACGGCGCCCGCUACAGCACCGAGCCCAUCCCAAAGUACAAGAUCGCGUCAAAGGGAACCGAUGCCCAGUCGGCUUACCAGCUUAUCCACGACGAGCUCGCCCUCGACGGGUCUCCCACCCUCAACUUGGCUUCCUUUGUCCACACCUGGAUGCCCGAGCCCGCCGACAAGCUCAUGCGCGAAAACAUGUCCAAGAACUUGAUUGAUCAGGAUGAAUACCCCAUGACUCAGGUCAUCCAUGAGCGAUGCGUCUCGAUCCUCGCUGAUCUCUGGCACGCCCCCAGCUCUCACAACGCCAUCGGCACGGCCACCACUGGCUCUUCCGAGGCCAUCCAGCUCGGUGGACUCGCCAUGAAGCGUCUCUGGCAGGAGCGCCGCAAGGCCGCCGGCAAGUCCAUCCACGAGCCCGGACCCAACAUCGUCAUGGGCGCCAACGCCCAGGUCGCCCUCGAAAAGUUCGCGCGGUACUUUGAGGUCGAGUGCAGGCUCGUCCCCGUCAGCGUCGAGAGCAAGUACAGGCUGGACCCGAAGAAGGCCAUGGAGUAUAUCGAUGAGAACACCAUCGGCGUGUACGUCAUCCUCGGGAGCACGUAUACCGGCCACUACGAGCCGGUCAAGGAGAUGUCGGCCUUACUCGACGAGUACGAGGCAAAGACCGGGCACUUUGUCCCCAUCCACGUGGACGCGGCCUCUGGAGGCUUCGUGGCUCCUUUUGCCACGCCCAAGCUGGAAUGGGACUUUAAGAUCCCUCGUGUCGUCUCGAUCAACACCUCUGGCCAUAAGUUCGGCCUGUCGUACGUUGGUGUCGGCUGGGUCAUCUGGAGGGACAAGGCGCACCUCCCGAAGGACCUCAUCUUCGAGCUCCACUACCUCGGCUCGGUCGAGUACUCCUUCUCCCUGAACUUCUCGCGCCCCGCGCACCCCAUCAUCGGGCAGUACUUCAAUUUUGUCCACCUCGGGUUCGAGGGCUACCGCAGCGUCGCGCUGGACGACCUCAAGAACGCGCGCAUCCUCAGCCGCGCGCUCGAGCGGAGCGGGUACUACACCGUGCUGAGCGACAUCCACAGGCAGAUCGGCGCCGGCGGCGUCUCGGGUGCGGUGAGCAAGGUGCUGGACGAGGAGAAUGUGGAGAACUAUGAGCCUGGGCUGCCGGUCGUGUCGUUCCGGUUCACGGACGAGUUCAAGCAGAAGUACCCCGACAUCCAGCAAAAGUGGAUCCAGAUUUUGCUGAGGAGCCGUGGAUGGAUUGUGCCCAACUACGAGCUCCCGCCGGAUCUGGAGAGCAUCGAGAUCCUGCGUGUCGUGGUGAGGGAGAGCAUGACCGCCGUCCUCGUCGAGCGGCUCGUCGCGGAUAUCGUCGAGAUCACGGAGGACCUCAUGAAGCAGGACUCCCCGGCGCACGCGCUGAGCGCGCUGAGCCUGCACGCGAAGCCGCAGCAGAACAACUCGAAGGCGCAUACCGGCAAGCUUGAGGAGGGUUCUGGCAGCAAGCCGAGCGGGACGUAUGCCAAGACUUGUUGAGCGGUGGAUGUGCACAAUGGGGGUCGUGUAUGAGUGAAGAUGGAGCAACGGGUUGGGGGGAAUGCAUGGAUGAAGUCAAAAAAAGAGGUGUAGGAUACAUCAGUAGCAAAAUGGCGCGGACAUUGGGUGUAUACUUGACCAUGGUUGUACGUCUGGAUGUGGAAACGAAUGGCAUGGAAUCUCGCUCUACCUUGC